GGCUGGGCUGGUCACAUGGGGGAUAGCAGUCUGUUUAAAACAGCCUCAGCUCGCUCACUCCGAGCAGUGCAAGACACAGAGACAGAUGCACACGUUGCCUCCUUCUCUUUCACACAAGCGCUCACACACAUGCUCACGUAAGGAGACGGCAACUUUCCUCUAUCGGACUGACACAAUACACACCCCUUGCUACACUGGAGGAAGAGGAUAAGGAGUGACAGAUCAGGAAAAGCAGACAAUAAAGAGGAGGUUCCCAGGUGAAGAAAAGGAUUGUGCAGAAGUUCAUCUUUUCCAAGAUGGCAAACCUUGUGACAUCGCUAUGCUGUGUAGUUCUGGCCGCAGUGGUGGUAGCCUACGCGCAGAGACGCAGUCAGCUUGUUGCCAGAAACCAGUACGAGCGAAUGGGCAGUGAUGUCACCAUGCAAUGCGGCUCCCUGGACAAUGACGCAUCAGUGUCGUGGAAGGUGAACGGGACGGACGUGAAGGCCCAGCACCGUCUAGAAGGCCCGAGGCUGAUACUGACCCAAGUGGACCUGGGUCACAAUGGCCUCUACAGCUGCUUUCAGAACCCAAACGGAGAGAGACGUGACACCAUCAACCUCCGCAUCGGCAUUUCCCCUCGAGAGCCCAUCGUCUCCUGUCGAUCCAACACGUAUCCCAAAGGCUUCUACUGCAGCUGGCACCAGCAGCACUCAACCUACAUCCCCACUACGUUUGAAGUGGACGUUCAACAUAACCAGCGUUCACUGGAGGUGCUAAAAGAUUCCAUCCAUAAGAACCGCUGCCAUGUGCGUUUUCCAGAGGUCUUCUCCAUCUUUCCGUACAAAGUCAACGUGACUGCAAUCAGCGCUUUGGGGAAAGCCUCCAGCACAAUUUCUUUUGAGGAGUCCAGUAUAGUCAAACCAGACCCCCCCGAGCGCGUGACGGCAACUCCGAUCCGUUACAAUGCACGUAGGCUGGAGGUAUCCUGGCAGAGUCCUGCGACCUGGCCCGACAUCGAUAACUUCCCCCUGAAGUAUUUCCUUCGAUACCGCCCUCUCAUCAAGGAGCAGUGGCAGCAUGUGGAACUGUCUGAGAGCACUUCUCACACCAUCACCGAUGCCUAUGCUGGGAAGGAAUACAUCAUCCAGGUUGCCGCCAAAGACACAGAGAUUGGAACAUGGAGUGACUGGAGCGUCGCCGUGCAUGCCACACCUUGGAUUGAAGAACCGGUGCAGACCACCUCCACGACUGAUGUGGAGUACCUCACGCAGACGAAGACCUCACCCAUCCCUUCAUCCAACGCACCACAUAAGGCUGAACCGCCGGUGGGGAGAGCUGCCAAACUUCUCAGCUUCUUCUCACCUCUUCUGUUAGUGAUGCUGCUACUCAUCAUGUAAUGUAAAUGUCUUAAAGUGGAAAGGGGAGGAAGAGGAGGAGGAGGAAGAAGAAGAAGAAGAAGUGGAGGCUGGAUCUUUGUUUUCUCUUUUGCACAAGUCCCAAGGAUACAGUGCAUUGAUCAUUUCUGUCUAUCAUACACUUACUCACCAGGAUUACUUGGACAAUGCCCCCAUGCAAGCAGGGUCAAUUCACGGUGACGCGCAAGUUCUUCAGAGGAGCUCUUUUUGGCCGUGUUGUCAUCUUCGCCGUCUUCAUCAGCAGCAACAGUAGAAGCAACGCUGAAAAACACUUGUCAUCUAACAGCGCCUGCUGGCUUGAAUUUGAAUUGUUUGGUUAGUAACAGUAUCGACUUGCUUCUCUGCUAUUAUUAUGAUUUUUUUUAUAUAUAAUGCUUUCAACCAAUUUCAUUCUGUAUGUGUGUGAAAAUACAGCGGAAUUCACACACAAACACGCAUACAUCCAAGUCCAGCAUGUGUAUGCGCAUGUGUUAGUGCCCAGCCGCUGUCCCAGUGCCCCAUACAGCUAAACCGUCAUGCCAAAGACUCAACGAGACACCCCCCCACCGACCCCUCCCCUGCAGUGAAACGCUCCCCAACACGAGCCGAUUUGAAAUGUAUUGAAUGGUGUUUGCCUAAAAAAAUAAAAUAAAAUCCAGAAGAGGCCACAAAAAUGAUGAUGUCACUUGAAAUCUGCGACCCCAGCUUUCAAAAUUCAACCGAUGAUUUGGUUCGGAUGUGAGGACGAUCACUUGCAAGAGUCACAAAAGUCAGACAAUUAGCUUGUGUCUGUCAAGAAGGACGAUGAUUGUAAAACAAAAACAAAAAAACAAAAAACAAAAAUUAUAUAUAUAUAUAUAUAUAUAUAUAUAUAUAUAUAUAUAUAUAUAUAAUACAUACACAGUAUAUGUAAUAAAGUCGAAAGCUCCCCAACAAUAUUUUUCUUUUUAACAAUGAUACGGCUGUUUUUUGGGAGGCAUUGAUGGCUGUAAAAUAACCCAAAUCAGUUUGCUUUCUGACGCCUUCACAGACAUACAAAGUAGAAAAUGUCUUCUUGCAGUUUCCAGUCGCCAAAAUCAACUCUUGCUGUUAUGUUAUUCCGAUGAGUACUGAUGUGUUUUAUUGUGUGUUUUUUUUUAAUAUGUAUUUUAUGGAGAAGCAACUACAAAAACACACAUAUAGGCUUUUAGUUCUUCUGUUUCUGUUUGGAUUUAUUGUCUUUAUUUUUUUUUAAUCCGACAUUCAUAAUGGCUUAUUUCUCUGAUCCUAUUUUGUAAACUAUGAUAUGUAACUUUAACAUGGAAGAAAAGUUUAUUAUUUAAUAAUAAUAAUAAUACAAAAAAAAAUAUUAAUGUAUGUAUUAGCAGUAGAAUGUCGUUACCUGUACCUGGGGUCUUUUUUAUAGCUGUAUAUACAAUGACAGGUUUGAUCCAUUAAAUGUGACCAUUUCACAAUGAA